CUAGACUCACUCCAUCCUCUGGCUACCAUGGGGGCCAAGACACCUUUUCCUUCUUUCUGGGUUCACACUUUUGCCAAGACAGGGAUUUUAUUCCCAGGAGGCACUCCCAGGCUCAUGGGAGCUCCGCAUUCAAAGCAGCACAGGAAACCUGGGCCCCUGAAACAAGGCCACCGGGGACACCAAAGAGAUCGGAGAACAACCAGGAGAAGGAACUACUUGAAGGACGCGAGAGAGAUUGCUUGUGUCUUAGAUGAUGAGGGCAGCAACCUGCGGCAGCAGAAGCUUGACCGGCAGCGGGCCCUGCUGGAGCAGAAGCAGAAGAAGAAACGCCAGGAGCCCCUGAUGGUACAGGCCAAUGCCGACGGGCGGCCCCGGAGCCGGCGGGCCCGGCAGUCGGAGGAGCAGGCCCCUCUGGUGGAGUCCUACCUCAGCAGCAGUGGCAGCACCAGCUACCAAGUUCAAGAGGCCGACUCACUUGUCAGUGUGCAGCUGGGAGCUGCCCACCCAACAGCACCAGCCUCAGCCAAAAGAACCAAGGCAGCAGCCACAGCAGGGGGCCAGGGUGGGGCCUCUAAAAAGGAGAAGAAAGCGAAGCACAAAGGCACCAGCGGGCCAGCAGCACUGGCAGAAGACAAGUCUGAGGCCCGAGGCCCAGUGCAGAUCCUGACUGUGGGCCAAUCAGACCACGCCCAGGACGCAGGGGAGACGCCAGCUGGUGGGGGCGUGCAGCCCAGCGGGCAGGACCUCCGAGCCACGAUGCAGAGGAAGGGCAUCUCCAGCAGUAUGAGCUUUGACGAGGAAGAGGAGGAUGAGGACGAGAACAGCUCUAGCUCUUCCCAGCUAAACAGCAACACCCGCCCCAGCUCUGCCACUAGCAGGAAGUCCAUCAGGGAUGCAGCCUCAGCCCCUAGCCCAACAGCCCCAGAGCCACCAGUGGAUGUUGAGGUCCAGGAUCUGGAGGAGUUCGCACUGAGACCAGCCCCCCAGGGUAUCACCAUCAAGUGCCGCAUCACGCGGGACAAGAAGGGGAUGGACCGGGGGAUGUACCCCACCUAUUUUCUGCACCUGGACCGCGAGGAUGGAAAGAAGGUGUUCCUCCUGGCGGGAAGGAAGAGAAAGAAGAGUAAAACUUCAAAUUACCUCAUCUCUGUGGACCCAACAGACUUGUCUCGAGGAGGGGACAGCUACAUUGGGAAAUUGCGGUCCAACCUCAUGGGCACCAAGUUCACAGUUUAUGACAAUGGAGUCAACCCUCAGAAGACAUCAUCCUCUACUUUGGAAAGUGGAACUUUGCGUCAGGAGCUGGCAGCUGUGUGCUAUGAGACAAACGUUUUAGGCUUCAAGGGGCCACGGAAAAUGAAUGUGAUUGUCCCGGGCAUGAACAUGGUUCAUGAGAGAGUCUCCAUCCGGCCCCGUAAUGAGCAUGAGACACUGCUAGCACGUUGGCAGAACAAGAACACGGAAACUAUCAUCGAGCUGCAAAACAAGACACCUGUCUGGAAUGAUGACACACAGUCCUAUGUACUCAACUUCCAUGGGCGUGUCACACAGGCCUCCGUGAAGAACUUUCAGAUCAUCCAUGGCAAUGACCCGGACUACAUCGUGAUGCAGUUUGGCCGGGUAGCAGAAGAUGUCUUCACCAUGGAUUACAACUACCCACUGUGUGCACUGCAGGCCUUUGCUAUUGCCCUGUCCAGCUUCGACAGCAAGCUGGCCUGUGAGUAGAGGCCUCCUCAUGAGCUUUGAGGUUACUCAGCCCGGAGUGGAGCUUGCCUUCCUGCCUGCCUGUGGAGACAGCCCUGCCUACCCUCUGUACAUAAGCCUCCUGCCAGGUGACUCUUUGGCCCUGAG